CUUCCCAACAUUGCUCUGCCCAACGGUCGAAUUCUCCAAGCUCAUUGGAAACCCUUCAACGCUCUAGUCACCGUUUUGUCCUCCACAAUUUAAGUCUCUCCUCCAAGCAAAACCUCCCAAGCUUUCUUCCUGUCUUCUCUGUUUCCUUCUCCUAUUCUCUUUGAUCCCAUCCUCCAUUUCCCCCCCGGUGAGGAAGCACCUUGGCUCUCUCCAAUUCAUUCCAAGCAGAAGGUAAGGGGAGAGAGCUGUGUUUAUUUUCCUUGCUCAUGGGGUGCUUCCUGGCCUGCUUUGGGGGUGCCAAGGAUGGAAAGAGACGAAGACAAGCGAAUAAAUCACUACCAGUAGAUCGGGUAUGCGAGAGUUGCAAACCUCUGCGGAGCCCCUCUUCGAAGCAACUCGCACCGAAUCUUUCUCCAAAGAAACUCGUCUCAGAAGCAGUGGAUUCAACUCCGGAGUCGAGAGAGAAUCAUGAGCAGGGGAGAUGUGGCAGCAGCAAGAAGAAAGUAACAUUUGAUUUGAUUGUCCAAACGUACGAAGCGGUCUUAAUAGACGAAGAUCCAAAGCAUUCAUCAGAGGAUAAGAAAGAGGAUGAAGUGAUAACAGAAGAAAGAAAGCCUGAGGAAGGUGAAGAUAAAUCUCUUCCGAAGUCGGGAGCUUCUCUCUUGAACCAUAGGUAUCAAAAUUGUGAGGGUAGUGAUGUUGAUGAUGAUAUUGACUAUGGGGAGGAAGAAGAAGACGAGGAGGAGGAUUAUGAGGACUCUGAUUUAGAUGAGGAAGAUAAUAAUGCUGUCGAAAUAGAGGGAAAUGAGGAAGAGUCUAAUGCUUCGUUUCUUUCGCUACCAAUGGAGAAAGAACAGCAAUGCAUCCAGGAAGUUAACAGUCCAAAAUCCAAGUGUGUCUCCCCUCCUGAUAGGCAGCCACCCCUUCUGGCCAGAGGUAUACGCGGCAGGAGCCGGUAUGUCCAUCCUGCUCUGAAUCCUGUAGAAAAUCUCACUCAGUGGAGGCAAGUUAAGCUGUGCGCAGCUCCGUCGAAGAAUCAAAAGAAGGAAAAUAUCAACUCGGAUGCAGAGAACAAGAUAACUGUCAAUCCUGAGCCUGCAUUUGAGAUCGGGGAGUUCCGAAAGCUCGCUAGCUCAAAUCCAAGACCCAAUUGCCCUGCUAAACAUGAUAUUCCUGUGGAUGCUAGCCUUUCUAACUGGCUGGUCUCAUUGGAUAAUUCAGAUACGGAAAGGCCCCAGCAAAGCAAUUCUCAUUUCUCCGAAUCGUCAGUUGGUCAAGAGGAGGGAUCUAUUUUAGCUUUUCUAAAUUAAAACCAGAGAAGUGAUUCAGGUUCUUCUUGCCAAUCUGGCUAGACAAUCAAAGGGAUUCCAAAUACCACAAGCACAUACAGAGAGAGGCAUGUUAAAGUAGCAGAAAACAAUAGUUCUAAAUAUGAAUUGCGAGCACUAUCGUCUUUUCUCAUCAAAGGUGCUGCUUAUGCUUGCACAAGCUGCUGUGCUCAUGGUGGAUGACUGGAUUCUAGUAUGUGAGUUGAACUGUUGUGUGAGUACCAUAGUUUUUUGUCCCCUUUCCUCAUCAGCUUAUGGCGUAAUGCUUUCCACUUGUCGAAGAACUCUUGGCAAAGUUGUCUCUAGAGCUCGCCUGAGCCAUCCUUCAACUACAAGUUCAGUGUGAAUUCAACUUUUCUACUGUAUAUUCUAUCACUGUCUGAUGGGUUAUGAUGCCAUUGUAUUGUCAAUAAGGCAUUAAGUCUUCAUUCAUGACUGUCUGAGAAACAAACAAUUACUGAAAUCGUGCACAUUCUUGAGGUAUGUAUCAGUCGAUUUUGUUUUUUCCUUUUCAUAGGCACCAUUUCUAAUGAUCUAUUCUUAACUUGAUAAAUGGUAUGCAUAAAUGUCUGUAACAAGUUGAGCUAGAUGUCCAAUUUUAGGGCGUGUAAUUUGAGGACCGUAAAAGGGUGCCAAAUUUGCGGUUCUCCUAAUAUCAUACUAAACUGUGUUCCACAUGGAUGUGAUAUAUUUGAUUUUCUUUAUGGAGCAACCCUUCCGGUCUGAUCCUUCUUACGUAAUUAGAUUCUUAGCUUGAAUUUGAAUUCCAGAAGGUGCUUACAUGACAAAAUCAAGUACCUUAAAGACCUUGCAGGAAAAGAAAAGGAGGAAACUGAAGAGAUCCCAGAAUGAGUUAUGAAAUAUCUUAAACAAUUGGUCUUAUAUGGAAGGAUCAAAGUAAAUGACAUUGAUACACAACUUUCUGCAAUAUCAGGAAU